UUAGUUAUAAAAAACACAUUUUUCGCCGGUUCCUUUUCGCAUCUUCUGCCGCAGCGAUGCUGCCGACGAGAUCCGCUUCUCUUCUGUCUCGCUUACUCUUUUCCCCGAAUCCAAAUCCAAAUCCAAAGCCAAACCCUAGAAUACUCCGACGCGGCCUCGCGCUAUGGUCGAUGACGAAGGAUCCGGCCCUCGAAUCCGCUCUCUCUCGCAACCGCCGCUGGAUCGUGAACAACCAGAUCAAGCAAAUCCUUCUCCGCUCCCCUACUCGAGUCGACACUGUUCGCUCCCUCCAGAAGAAGUUCAAAACCCUAGACCUCCAGGGCCGUGCCCUUAACUGGCUUAACAAGUACCCUUGCUGCUUCCAGGUCUUCACCGACGACGAUGGCGAGGUAUUCUACGGUUUCUCCAAGCGCAUGGAAGCCCUAGUAGACGAGGAAGAAUCCAUUAAGAUGGCACAAGAGCCUGUCAUGGCCCGCCGCCUUGCCAAGCUUCUAAUGCUGUCUCGCGAUCGCCGCAUCAAUGCCGUCAAACUCACCGAGCUCAAGCGUAGCCUCGGCCUCCCAGACGACUAUGUCGUCCGGGUCCUCGCCAAGUAUCCGGAGCUCUUCCGCGUCACGAAUCGCUUCGGCCGU